AUGAUAGCCCCUCCACAAGCACAACAACCCCCUUCACCCACCACCGACCCCACCAACCCCAACAUCCAAACAUGGACCGACCUCGGCCUAACCCUCAUCCACAACUUCAUCACCCAAGCCGAAGAAGCAACCAUGAUUGACGCCUUCCACCAACAAGACCCGCUCAUCACCCCCACCACCAACCCAUCCACCAAACCCAAACCCCCAAAACGCAUCAGCCAACACUUCGGCUACCACUUCGACUACACCACCUUCGGCGCUUCCACCACCUCAUUCACCCCCGUACCGGAUUACAUUACCUCGUUUCUCCCACGCCUACCUCUCACCAUCACGCCCCGAGACCGAGACAACAAUACUUCCAACCCCGAUCAAAUGCGAAGGUCAGAUCACCGCCCACCAGACCAAUUCACAGUGCAGUACUACCCCCCCGGCGCUGGGAUCCCACCACACGUGGACACGCACUCGAUGUUUGACGAGGCGCUGUAUAGUUUAUCGUUUGGGAGUGCGGUGCCGAUGCAGUUCCGUUUGGCAGGGGCGAAUGAGGCGCGGAAGAUGAGGUUGCCGAAGAGGUCUGUUGUGGGGGGUAAAGUGGAUGAGGCUCCAGGCAAAGAGAUGGACAAGGACGGGGGUGAAGAAGGGAACGGGAACCAAUCCAAUCCCAAACACGGCAAAGCAGAACAAGAAGAUGACCCCGCACCAACAUGGGAACUCCACCUCCCAGCACGCUCCCUACUCAUCCUCACCGGCCCCUCACGCUACGGCUACACCCACGGGAUCCGUCCGCGGAAGACAGACAUCAUCGACGGGCAGACGGUGCCUCGACAGGGGCGGUACUCGAUCACGAUGCGGAGUACCCGGCGUGGGGACGAGAUUGGGUGCGCGUGUGCGUACCCAGGGGUGUGUGAUGCGCGAAUACGGGAGGAGCAGGAGAUGGCUGAGGGGGGGUCAUGA